AUGAGGGCCCUUUCUCUUGUAGUUGUAGGGGCUGGCUUGGCCGUGGCAGUUCCAGCACAGCCUCGAGGCGAAAAUCUGCCUUCGAUCCAGCUGGAGAACAUUGUCAAGAUGGACGUAACAAGCGAACCCAACGGGCUGGGGGCCCGUGAGAUCUUUGGGCCGGCUCUAGGAGUCGACUUCCCGGAUCCUGCCAUCAUCUGGGGCGAUGGCUCGUGGAAGGCGUACGCUACGUCCUCUAAUAACAAGAGAAUCCCCGUCGCCACUUCGUCUGAUGCCAAGUCAUGGACCUUGA